AUGUCUGGUUCACCAUCUGUACCGGAUAUCCUCCGGGCUCUCCUCCUGGCCUCGCCCCUGGUCUCGGCGGCUUCCUGCCCCUUUGCACAACAACAACAAAAGCGGGACUCCUCGUCUGAAUUCCUCAACCGCCGCCAGGACUCGGCCGCCGUCCCCUUCGGCACGUGUGCCGAGAAGGCUAACGUCGCCGGCGGUGGUACCCGUAGCAGAGACUGGUUCCCCUGUCAACUACGACUCGAUGUGCUCCGCCAGAACGCUGCCGAGUCCAACCCAUACGGCGCUGACUUCGACUAUGCUGAGGCUUUCAACUCCCUGGACUUCGAUGCUGUCAAGGCCGAUUUAAAGACUCUGCUGAGGGAUUCUCAGGAGUUCUGGCCGGCAGACUUUGGCCACUACGGCGGUCUGUUCAUCCGCAUGGCAUGGCACAGUGCAGGCACAUACCGGGCCUUUGACGGCCGUGGUGGUUCCGGCAUGGGCCAGCAGCGGUUCUCGCCGCUCAACAGCUGGCCAGACAACGCCAGCCUGGACAAGGCGCGGCGGUUGGUGUGGCCUAUCAAGCAGAAGUAUGGCCGCAACAUCUCGUGGGCCGAUCUGAUCAUCCUGGCCGGCAAUGUGGCGCUGGAGGAUAUGGGCUUUCCAACCUUUGGCUAUGGCGCUGGCCGCGUCGACACGUGGCAAGCCGACGAGGCCAUCUACUGGGGCUCUGAGGAGACCUGGUUCCCUAAGGGCAACGAGGACCGCUAUAACGGUAGCACCGACUUCUCCGCCCGCGCGGAGAACCUCGAAAUCCCCCUCGCGGCCACGCACAUGGGCCUCAUCUACGUGAACCCCGAGGGCCCAGACGCCAGCUCUGACCCUGUUGCGUCGGCUCUUGAUAUCCGAACAGCAUUUGGAAGAAUGGGCAUGAACGAUGAGGAGACUGUUGCUCUGAUCGCCGGUGGUCACGCUUUCGGCAAGACACACGGUGCCUUCGACGGCAGUGAAAUAGGAGGUGCACCCGAGGUUGCUGACCUUGGCGAGCAACAGCUGGGUUGGGCUGGCAGCUUCAAGGAGGGCACUGGCUCCUUCACCUCGGGCCUCGAGGUCACCUGGAGCAAGACGCCCACCAAGUGGACUAACAACUUCCUCGAGUCUCUCUUCCACAAUGAGUGGUCGCUCGUCGAGAGCCCCGGCGGCGCCCACCAGUGGGAGGCCCUCAACGCCACCGCCAACUACCCGCUACCCUUCUCCAACAGCAGCUUCCAGAGGCCAAGGAUGCUGACCAGCGAUCUGGCUCUCCGUCAUGACCCCAUCUACGCCAACAUCUCCCAGGGCUACCUCGCCAACUUCACCAAGCUGACUGAUGACUUCUCCCGUGCUUGGUACAAACUCACCCACCGUGAUAUGGGCCCCCUCGCUCGCUACCUCGGCCCUGAGGUCCCCGCUGAGAAGCUCAUCUGGCAAGAUCCUCUCCCCGACUCGAACGGAACCACCAUCGCCGACUCCGAUGUCACGACCCUGAAGCAGCAGAUCCUUGACUCGGGCGUCAGCGCCUCAGCUCUCAUCUCCACGGCUUGGGCCGCAGCCAGCACCUUCCGCCACACCGACAAGCGAGGCGGCGCCAACGGAGCCCGCAUCCGGCUCGAGCCCCAGAUCAGCUGGGCCGUCAACACCGGCGCAGGCACGAACCUUUCCGACGUCCUCAGCGCCCUCGAGGGCAUCCAGUCCGCAUACUCCAAGCCCGUCUCCCUGGCUGACCUGAUCGUGCUGGGCGGUUCCGCCGCCGUCGAGAAGGCAGCUCAGGACGCCGGCUUUGCCAACGCCUCGGUGCCCUUCACUCCCGGCCGUGUCGACGCGACGCAGGACCAGACCGAUGUCGCCAACUUCGGCUACCUGGAGCCCAAGGCCGACGGAUUCCGCAACUUCGGACGGGGCAACGCGCGUGCGCGAACCGAGGAGAUCCUGGUCGACCGCGCGAACCUGCUGGGUCUGACCGCGCCCGAGCUGACAGUGCUCGUCGGCGGGCUGCGCGUGCUCAACACCAACGCGGACGGCUCGUCGCACGGUGUGCUGACCGCGACACCCGGCAAGCUCACCAACGACUACUUCGUCAACCUGCUCGACAUCCAGACCAAGUGGGCCGACGCCGACUCGGGCGAGAUCUGGCAGGGCACCGACCGGACGACGGGCGCUGACAGGUGGACCGCCACUCGCGCCGACCUCGUCUUUGGCUCGCAGUCUGAGCUGCGCGCCAUUGCUGAGGUGUACGCUAUGGCCGACGCGGGCGAGAAGUUCGUCACUGACUUUGUUGCUGCCUGGAACAAGGUCAUGGAUGCGGACCGUUUUGACGUCAAGUGA